UGUCUCACAAAAAUGUGUCAAAAGGUAAGACUAUGUUGAAGGUCUCUUAAUCAGAGGUGGUCUCGGGGCAUGGUGGAAUGCAUGAGAAUUUAUACUUUAAUUUGAGUUUGGUGAUUGAAUGAAAUGGUUUGACUAGCAGGUUGUGGCUCGUUAGAUGUCAGUCCUAGCUUCAGAAUUCGGGGUUGUCACAUGAUCCCCACCAUAGUCAUUAGGUCAAUAGUAUGUAUGUAACUCAGCCCUGUCUAUAAAUUGUAGGACAACUUCACCUAUAUUCACAAGCUAACAAUCUCCACAAGUCUUAAGUCAACUUAUAAUAUGAAUAUUAGGUAGGGAGGCCAUUUUCGAUAGACCCUCGGAAAUUCAUACACAACUAUACAUGGUCAACUGCAUAAAGUACUCUCUCUGUUUCAUUUUGUUUAUUAUAAUUUGACUUGACAGAAACUUAACCAAAAAAGAACGGGAUUUGGGGAAGGGCCGAGCCACAAGGGUGUAUUGAAUGAAUUUUUUGCAAGAGGUUGUUCCGUCACCUCCUAACAACAACUUUAACAGUUACUCUAAGAAUCUGCUAGUAAUCACUUCCUUCCACACCAUUAAGAGUAUCCUUAAACUCAGCUUCAUUCAGGGUUUCUUUUUCAUCUACUUCACCAGAUUCAUCAAAAAUCAACCAACUUGUCACGAGCAUCUAAAAGCACUCACACAAAGCAGCAGAAUUAACUAUUGAUCGACUCUUCCUUUGGGAUGAUCGACUCUUCAAGAUAGCACAUCUACUCAUGGAGAUAAUUCCAAUUGGACUGGAGGUGAUGCACAUCUGUUAUACAAAUUUGAACACUUCACCAUCAGUAGAAGUUGGACUCUUUAUUAAACAACUCCUUGAAACCUCUCCGGAAGUUCUGAGAGAAUAUCUGAUUCAUCUACAAGAGCACAUGGUAACUGUUAUUAACAUAAGCACUUCAGGGGCUCGAAACAUUCUUGUCAUGAUAGAGUUCCUAUUGAUUAUUCUUACUGAUAUGCCAAAGGAAAGUAUUCAUCAUGACAAACUAUUUGAUCUUUUGGCACGUGUUGGAGCACUUAUCAGGGCGGUAUCAACUCUUGUUCGUGACUUAGAGGAAAAAUCAAGGAAUGAAGAGAGUACCGAUGAAACAAGUCGUGCAACUCUAGACUUGCUGGAAAAUAUUGAACUCCUCAAGGAAGAUCUCAAAUAUGUUUAUCUGAAAGCCCCGGACGCAUUUCAAUGGAGCUUCCCCAUGAGCGAUGGACCUCUCUUCUUGCAUCUGCUACACAGACACCUAAAUGAUUUGCUAGAUUCCAAAGCUUAUUCAAUUGCAUUGAUAAAGGAAGAAAUUGAGUUGGUGAAAGGAGACCUAGAAUUCAUAAGAUCGUUCUUCGUGAAUGUUGAGCAAAGAUUGUAUAAAGAUUUAUGGGAAAGUGUUUUAGAUGCGGCAUAUGAGGCAAAAGAUGUCAUUGAUUCAAUUAUUGUUCGAGAUAAUGGUCUCUUACAUCUUAUUUUCUCACUUCCCACUACGAUAAAAAGGAUCAAGCUUAUCAAAGAAGAAGUCUCCAAUAUAUCUGAGAACAUUCCCAAGAACAGGAGCCUCACUGCAGUAAACUCUACCAAGAAGACAGUUGAAAACAAGUCAUUGACUGUUGGUAAAAUAAUUGUAGGUUUUGAUGAGGAGACAAACUGGAUAAUUAGUAAGCUCACCAGUGGGCCGAAAGAUCUUGAUAUCAUUUCAAUCACUGGUAUGCCUGGUUCGGGCAAAACUACUUUGGCAUACAAAGUAUACAAUGAUGAAUCAGUUUGUAGUCAUUUUGACCUUCGUGCAUGGUGCACAGUCGACCAAAAAUGUGACGAGAAGAAGUUGUUGAUGAAACUUUUUAUUCAAGUUACUGGCUCGGAUUUGAAGUUCAGCGAAGAAAUUGAUGUUUCCGAUAUGCUAUGGUGACAACUGUUUGGAAAGAGGUACCUAAUUGUGUUAGAUGACGUGUGGGAUAUUGACACAUGGGAUGAUUUAACAAGACCUUUCCCUGCAGCUGAGAAAGGAAGUAGAAUUCUUCUGACGACUCGACAAAAGGAAGUGGGUUUUCGUGGAAAGGACAACACUGAUCCUCUUAACCUUCGAUUGCUAAAACCAGAAGAAAGUUGGGAGUUAUUAGAGAAAAGGGCAUUUGGAAAAGAGAGUUUCCCUGUCGAAAUUUUAGAUGUUGGAAAAGAAAUAGCCCAAAAUUGUAAGGGACUUCCUUUGGUGGCUGAUCUGAUUGCUUGAGUCAUUGCAGGUUUGGAAAAGACAGUCUGUGUGGCUUGAAGGACGAAAUAAUUUGAAUUCCUUUAUUUUGAACAGUGAAGUUGAUGUGAUGAAGGUUAUAGAAUUAAGUUAUGACCAUUUACCUCAUCACAUGAAGCCAUGCUUUCUCUACCUUGCAUUUUUUCCAAAGGAGACUGCAUUGACUAGAGUUAUGUUGAAAAUGUCUUGGCGUACUGAACGGCUUGUUGAACUGACAGAGAUAAUGAGUUUGGAAGAAGUGAUGGAAAUUUAUUUGGAUAAUUUAAUUUCCAACAGCUUGGUAAUACAUUUCAAUGAGAUAGGUGAUGACCCGACUUGCCAACUACAUGAUCUUGUGCACAACUUUUGUUUGUUAAAAGCAAGAGUGGAAAAGUUGUUCAGCAAGAUAAGUUCAAGUGAUCCAUCUUUCUUUUCAGAUUUGAUGCCACGCAUAGUGAGCAUUGAUUAUGAUAAGGAGAACUUUGGGCCUAACACUUUCUUCCUGUUCAGUUCAAAAAAGAAAAGGCAUUCUGGUAAACACCUCUAUUCUUUGAAGAUAACUGGACACGAGAUGGUCAUGUAAGAGACUUGAGGCUUCUUAGAGUGUUGAUGCUGAAGCACUCUUUUAUGGUGGUGAAAGAUUCUUUGCUGGAUGAAAUAUGCAUGUUGAAUCAUUUGAGGUGCUUAAGCAUUGGGACAGAAGUUAAAUCUCUGCCUUUAUCUUUCUCGAACCUCUGGAAUCUCGAAACCUUGUCGGUUGAAAACGAAGGAUCAACCUUGGUACUAUUACCGAGUAUUUGGGAUCUUUUAAAGUUGAGAAUGUUGUUCAUGACUACUGGUUCUUUCUUUGAUUUGGAUACGGAUGAACCAAUACUGAUAACAAUGGACCAUGGGGGAGGAAGACACCUUUGAGAAUCUCAAAUAUUUGUAUUUGAAAGAAGGGCUCUUGCUAAGUGGGAUUUUGGAGAGGAAUCCUUUCCCAUGCUUGAGAAAUUGGAACUGUGGGGAUGUCGUAAGCUUGAGGAGAUUCCGCCUAGUUUCGGCAAUAUUUGUUCAUUGAAAAUUAUCAAACUUGUAAAGAUCCCUCAACUUGAAGAUUCGGCUAAGAAGAUAAAACAAUACAUUGAAGAUAUGGGAGGGGGCGAGUUUCAGGUCCUUUCUGCUCUUAAUAUACCGUUAUUCAAGUAGGUCUUAAGCACCACCAGAACAGGUACUGAAGUCAUUCAGAAAUUUCAAUGCAGCCAGAGGUGGGAUCUUUGUGUGAAAGGAGUUAGAAUUUUCAUGCAGGGUGGUGGAAUCAGCCAUCGAUAAGCAUUUGGAGUGGAGGUGCAUCAGUAAUUUCUAUUAAAAUCCUCUUGUGCCUAUCAAUGCAUCGAUUGAUAGGAAUCGAAUGAGUCCAGGUUAAUUCUUUUCCAUCGAUAAGCAUUUGGAGUUGAGGGCUGCGGUAUUUAAUGAUAAAGAUGUUUAAAUAGGUGUUGAUGUACAAUAUUUGGCCUCAUGUGCAACGAUAAGCCUUGUGCCUAUUAAUACAUCGAUGCUGAAUACCCCUUCUCAAAUUUAAGACAAAUUGGUUCAAGAAAAAUGCACUAGUCUUAAUGUGAAUUGAAACGUUGCAGCUUCACUCCGCCAGAAUUCCAUAUGUGAAGGGAAAUGCUAUCUGGCCUUUGCUAAAUUUAUCUUCUAUUUCAUGAUGUGAACUACACAUGUUGGAUUCUUGAUAUUGAUACAUAUAGAGAACUGUUAUGGUAAAUUCUUUAGUGCUUCGGAAGUACAAAUUUUACAACGUGGAUUCACUUUAACAUAACAGAGGAAAAAGCUAUGUUGGAAUAUAGUUGGUGUUGCAGUUAGCUCUACAAGAAGAGAUAAUUUAGCUGUCAUGCUUGCUCUCCGAUUGCUGUUAAACAACAGACAA